AUGCAAAUGCCGGUUCUCGGCUGCACUUUCCUCACGCUGUCAGAUCGUGAGGAAAGUACUGCCGAAAACCGGCAGUUGUCAGAACAGGGAUCGGCACCGAUCAUCAGGGUCACUGAUCAUCAGUGCCCUGAUGAUCGGUGCCCACCUGUGCCACACACAAGUUCCGCCCACUUGUGCCCAGCAAUGCGCCCACCUGUGCCCAGCAAUGCGCCCACAUGUGCCCAACAGUGCGCCCACCUGUGCCCAACAGUGCGCCCACCUGUGCCCAACAGUGCGCCCACCUGUGCCCAACAGUGCGCCCACCUGUGCCCAGCAAUGCACCCACCAGUGCCC